UAUAGUACACACACUGUAAAAUAUUUCUACUCAAAAAUAAGUAUGUGAGCAUUUUUGUGACACUAUCUUUUAUUGAUUGUUAAAUGAAAAUUAAUUACAAAAAAUGUUUAGUCCGGGUUUGUAAUAAAAUGAAAUUUAAAUUUAAUUAGAAAAUGAAAAUUGUUUGGAAAUACAUUUUUAUAUUAAUCUGGUUUGCAUAUUUGAUAUGCUCUGGAGUAAUUUUGUUCUCACGAGGUUUUCUCUUGUCAAGAAUCUCGAAAAAGGACGUAAGCACCUGCCGUCAUCUUUCUACUAAUGCAAAUGAAGAAUAUUAUCUGAACCAAGAAAUUGUGAAAGAAAUUUUUAAAGAUGUAAACGCUUCAUCAAGCUUAUGUCUUCCAAAAAAGUCAAAAGUUAUAAUUUUAGUAAUUGAUGCCUUAAAGUAUGAGUUUGGCUUAUAUCAGCCAAAUUUAGAAAAACCACUGCCAUAUCAAAACAAACUCACUAUUUUUGAAGAGCUACUCACUAAAGAACCGGAUCAAACACGUUUAUUAAAAUUUUUAGCUGAUCCACCAACGACAACAUUACAACGUUUGAAAGGUAUGACUACAGGGAGCUUGCCAACUUUUGUUGACAUAGGUUCGAAUUUUGCAACACCGGAAAUAAAUGAGGAUAAUAUUAUUGAUCAAGUGACAAGGAGUGGACUAUCUGCCGUUUUUCUAGGAGACAGCACUUGGACUGACCUAUACCCAAAAAGAUUUAAACGACACUACUCAUAUCCAAGUUUUGAUAUUUUUGAUUUAGAUACCGUUGAUAGAAAAAUUGAAAAAUAUUUACCAAAGGAAUUGAAUCAGGGAGACUGGGAUUUAUUAAUUGCUCAUUUUUUAGGAGUAGAUCAUUGUGGUCAUCGUUAUGGACCACUACAUCCUGAAAUGUCCAGAAAGUUAACGGAGGCGGAUAAUAUUAUAAGAAAAACAAUUGAAAUAAUGGAUAAUGAAACAACAUUAUUUGUAAUUGGUGAUCAUGGAAUGACAAAAACAGGUGAUCAUGGAGGAGAAUCAAUUGAUGAAAUUGAAGCAUUGUUAUUUGCCUAUUCAAAAAGUCAUAAAUUUAUAACGAGCGACUUUGGGUCGAGUAAUUCAUCCAUGCGUCAGAUCGAUGUAGUUCCAACAUUAGCCACUAUACUUGGAGUUCCGAUUCCAUAUUCCAAUUUGGGUCUUAUAAAUUUUAACUUAGUUCCUGAUAUAAAAACACCGUAUAUGUUAAAAUAUCAAACCCUUUUACUACACGCUUGGCAAAAUGCAAAACAAAUUUAUAACUAUUUUACACAAUAUGCUGUUGAAAAUGCGCACACUUUUCAAUUCGAUGACAUGGAUGAUGUUCAAAAUAAAUUUCUAGUUUUAACACAUCGUGUUAACACUAUUUAUUCAGAAACGGCUUACAAAAAUUUUAUAAAAGAUUUAAAUCAACACUUAAGAGAAAUUUUGAGCACAUGUCGAAAUAUUUGGGUGAAGUUCGAUGCCAAUCAAAUGUCUCAAGGACUAUUAUUAACAUUUUUACCAAUAUUUUUUGCAUUUUUGCUAAUAAACAAUUUAAAGGUGUUUCAAAUUGCUCGGGUUUUUAACACCAAAACAAUUUUAUACAUAUAUUUAUUUAACUUUGCUGCGGGAGUGUUCGCAUAUCGAUACUUCAAAGAUUUGCAAAUGAAAACAGAACUUCACAGUAUUAUAUUUUUUAGUGGAAUAGUUAGUACAUUUUUCUUGUCAUUAUUAACUGUACAUAAUUGGCCGCAGAUCGCUACUAAUUGGAGCCAUGUUAAACGAUUCGUCAAUUUUCCAACUAGAAUAAUAUUCCUCAUUUCAACUAGUAUUUAUUUCUCAAAUAGUUUUAUAAUACAGGAAGCAAAAAUUUUAUCAUACAUGUUAAUUUGUUUAUUAUUAAUUCUUAUGUAUGAUUUGAUAAGAGAAAGUAAUAGAUUCGAUGGUGCAUUAAAUUAUUUAGCGAACAAUGUUUCUUCAAAUAAAGUGCCAAAAUUUAAAUUAAAGGUUUUCUUUAAAUCUGUAAUAUUUAAAUUAAUAAUAUUGGGAAUUUUCGCAAUCACUUUGAUACGCUUUAGUUGGACACUGUUCAAAUGUAGAGAAGAACAUGGAAAUUGUGAUGAAAGCACAGUAUCUCCAAAUACAUCCAAUUUGUAUAACAAGUAUAAUUUAAAAAUUAAAACCUAUUUAGUGUCGAUUGUAACGCUGCUUCUAUACACUACUUUAACUAGAAUUUACUUAAAAUCUUGCGGAAAUCUUACAGGAUUCUCGCUUAAUGUUUUAUUAGCUCGAUAUGGUCCAUCAGUAGCUGCAAUAUGUACUAGUGGUCACAUACUUUUAUCGAAUAGUCCGGUUAAAACAGUAAAAAUGUAUCAUAUUGAUGGAAUGGCAUGGGUUGUUUACUUUUUACUAGUACUGCAAAUUUUAAUUUUAUGUAUUAGUCCUUUAAUGACGCAUGUUCUACCACCAAGACAAAAUUCAAUUGCUAUCAAUCCAUACAGCAGUAUUGUACCUGAAAUAUUCAAGAAAAUGAAAAAAAUUUACGAAGGUGAAUGCGAACAGAAAAAUAAUGAAAUUCCUGUUGUAUUCGGAUUGGCUACAGUUUAUUCUUCGAUAUUGAUAUCUUUUGCCGUUUUCUUUUGUUUAACUAUAAUUCUAUUAUUAGAACCCAAAGCUGUUGUCGGAAUUGUUAUUUGCAUAAUUACAGCUAUUGUUAUUUUAAGUAUCCAUUCCAUAUUAAGAUUUAGAACAUCAACCAGUUUGGAAACUUGCGUGCAACCAACGUUUACCGGCGUCGUGACGUGGUAUAUAUUGGCACAAUAUUGUUUCUUUGCCACUUCACAUCAAACUACAUUAUCGCAAAUUGAUUGGAGAGCUGCAUUUGUGGGGCGUUCUGCAAAUUUUGAUCAUUCAAAUGUUUUAUCUGCUAUAUUAGUAAUAUUAAACACAUUCUGUGGACAAAUUUUCUUCACAAUUUUAUCAGGUUUAUUGUGUUCUGAAACAUUUUCAAUUUACGCACUCUUUCCACAUUUAAAAUCAAUUACUGGACCAACAAAUAACAGUUCAUUGCAGCAAAAUAAUUCUAAUUUUUCAAAUAGUAAUAAUGAGAAGAAAGUAGAUCGAGAAUUUAGUGGAAAUGUACGUAAAACUACGGUAAAUAAAAUAUCAAAAGCAGAAACGGGUUCAUUUGUGUAUUUGGCAAAUGAAUUUGAUAUCACUCGCGGUGAGCUUGUCUUAUAUGAAAAUGAAUCCAUGUACUUUGGAUGUUUAUUUAAAUUAGCUAUUCAGUUAUUUAUGUUACAAGGAAUAAAGGUUUUUUGUUCAAUGAUGGCUUGCACGAUACAUUGUCGUCAUCUUAUGGUUUGGAAAAUAUUUGCCCCACGUUUUAUAUAUGAAGCAAUUUCAACUUUAGUUACACUUCCAGCUGCUAUAAUUGGUUAUUUGAUUUUAUUAAGGAUUCAUUUUUCGGUGCACCGUUUAAUAAAUCAAAUCAAUAAGACUAAGUAAAUAUUUAAUAAAAAAAGUUGACAUCAUCUGUAAAAAGAAAAACAAAGCCUAAUAGUUGAAGAACCAAAGAAUCACCGAAACAGAAGGGGCACAUGAAAUAACGUAUGUAAAUAUUCGAAAUAUUUAAUAUAAGAAAAACAAAAAAAAUUUGCAGAAAAGCAAAAAGCAAUAUUGUACAUUUUUCAAGAAGUUUGUUUUAAAUUUGUAUUUAUUAAUAAAUUAAAUUUGUUU